GCAAUCACUACUGUAACCAGAGGGGGCAGCAACGUAGAUCGGCUGGACUCAUCCUUCAAGAGAAGAAGACUGCUCGAGCCUGACUAAAAUUGACACGAAGUCCGAUCCAGAUCAUGUUUAAACGUCUACUUUUGUCCACGGCAGCUUUCCGGGUAUGAACAGGAAACGAGGCCUGAUAUCCGACAUUUUCAAGUUGAAGAAAAGACGAACUGAGGCUGACAAGUUUGGUGUCAAGAGCGAUGAAGGAGCUCCGACUGACAUCCGAGGCAGCCUGGAGUACCUGAUGACGCUGUUCCCCAGAAAACUCUUCAAUGACGCCCUGCCUCAAAUUGUGCUCAAGCAUCAGCUGUACAGCAUUCAUCGUGACAAGACGCUCGUGGACAAGGAAGUGAAUAAGAUGCGGGAGGACGGGGAGCUGCUCAUGUUCCAGCUCGGCUUCGACGCGGAGGCGUUCGCUUUGGUUUUCACGUCCGACUACAAGGCCAAAGUGUCAGCCGCAGAGGAGGGCCGAGACACCCGAGCGACGGUGGGCAGGUUCUUGGAGAAGCUGUCGUCACCUUGCACAGACCUGAGCUUCGACAAAGACCGCAUGAUCACGGAGUUCCUCUUCGCAGAUGCAGAAAUCACGCAGCUGGUGAAGGCGGGGGUCCUGACCGUGAGGGACGCCGGCAGCUGGUGGCUCUCCAUCCCCAACUCUGGCAGAUUCACCAAGUACUUUAUACAAGGUCGGAAAGGGGUGCUGGCCAUGGUGAAGAAGGCCCGCUACGGAGAAGUCUUGCGGGCCGAGCUGGAGGGACGGCGGACCCCCUCGCACGUCAAAUUCCACAUCAAGUACCUCGUCCACGAUCUGGUCGGCGCCGAACUGGUGGACAGCAUUCCGACAACUUCGGGGACUUUGUUGCGAUUUGUUGGCUCCUGAAUCGCCGAAGACAAGAAAUAAGCCGAUGUUUCGUUUUGGAAACACAAACGAAGGCCUGGCAAAAUCCUGUGGGUUUAUGAGGUACACUUUGGUGUUUGCAUUAUGUAAUAAAAGUCAUCUCGUUUAA